AUAUAUAUAUAUAUAUAUAUAUAUAUAUACACAUCUUCAAGAAAAAGAACCUACCAUUUUUUUUCAUCUCAUAUUAUAUUCUCUAUAGGCACUUUGUUCAAGUUAAGCAGUUGAUUUUGUGCAAUAUCUUUUUUUGUUUGUUUGUUUCUAAUAUAGUUUUAUGAGAUGGAACUUGAUCUUGGUCUUGCACUUCCUUCCCAUUUUCCCAUCAAAUCUUCCGACCUAAAUUGCAACAUUAUCGACAGUUUUGAUGACAACUUUUCAGAACCGAAGAAUGACAUCAACCACAAUCCUAAUUUUUCAAUGGCUUCUGAUAAUAGCUACAAAGUUGAACGUAAAACAUCGUCUUUGCUAAUAUGGAAUGACCAACCAAAUGAAGAAGAAGAAGAUGAUGGUGGUCACCAAAAGGGAACUUUUGAGGCUUGUUACCGGGAAUUCAAGGAAGAAAAUGGAGUAGUGGGGUGGCCACCAAUUAAAUCAUGGAGAAAAAAGUUUAUUCACGGGAUUAAUGAUGAAGGUGGCUGGAACACAAAUAUUAAUCAUAGACACAUUAAUAAUGAUGUUGGUCGAUAUAGAAACUCAAUGUAUGUGAAGGUUAAAAUGGAAGGAGUAGCCAUAGGAAGAAAGAUUGACCUAAGUCUAUACAAUUCCUAUCAACUCCUUACAAACACCUUGCUCCAAAUGUUUGCUAAAUAUCAGAGUGGUGACAAAAAUGGUGCGGGCUUUACACUAUUGUACCAAGACAAAGAAGGAGAUUGGAUGCUUGCAGGAGAUGUACCAUGGGAAAUAUUCAUGGAGACUGUUCGAAGAAUACAGAUACUAAGGAAUUGGAAGAGAGGAAGAAGUACGAGAAAAUCAUCCGAUAUUUCUUAGACUACUAUAGUAUAAAGUUUAGUAGACCAUGUUAAUUAACGGCAAAGAGAUAAGAAAAAAAAAAAACGUUGUUACAUGAGAUUGGCAUUGUGAUUUUACAUUUGUUAUCUUAAUUAGUGAUAUUGGAUGUCAAGAAUUAUCGUACUUUUUAAGAGCUUUCUUUUCUUUUUCUCAAAAUAGAGUCUGUAUGAGAGUGAGAUACCUUUUAAAGAAAUACCUUUCUCUGAAUUAA